AUGGAAUUAAAGAAAUCAAUUUCCGAUACCGAGCGCUCAUUGAAGAGCUACGGCUCUGUAUCGGAAACGGAAUGGACAAAAGACAAAGGUGAGCGUCAUUCAUUGCAAAAUGUGUCCAUGGCGGAGAGCAUCAUGUCUCCAGAUGAGAUUGAAGUGGAGAUGGCUCGCAUCCAGCGUCUCAGAGAGGUGCUAGUAAGGAGGGAGUCUGAACUGCGCUUUAUGGCGGACGACAUCCAGCUCUGCAAAGACAUCAUGAGUCUGAAACAGGAGCUGAGGAAGGUGGUAACUGUACCAGAGAGAGAGAAGACCAAGAAACAGAGACAGUGGGAGGAGGAGUUGAUCCUGAAAAUCCAUAAACUGGUGCAGAAGAGGGAUUUCCUAGUGGACGAUGCAGAGGUGGAGAGAUUAAGGGAGCAGGAGGAGGACAAGGAGAUGGCUGAGUUCCUGAGACAGAAGCUGCUGCCUCUGGAGAAGCUGGCCAGAGAAGCUGCCCAAAGUGAACAAGUCCCUGAUCCUCCGCCCAGCAAGCCGUCCAUCACCAAGUCCAUCACCAUCAUCAAGGACUGCUGCGGAGCCACCCAGUGUUGUAUCAUGUAA